AUGAUGAAACUACAAUUUAUCAAAUACAAUUCAAAAUAUUUGAAAUCUUGUGCAAAACUUGUCGGUGAAACUUGGCCACUCGAUGAGGAAUUAGUAAAUGCUUCUCGAUCACGUCACCUUUAUUAUUACUAUAUAAGAAAUUGUAUUUACAAUUCUGUUUAUUCGGACUUAAUAAUUGAUCAAGAAACAGAUACUGUUUUAGGUAUUUUAUUCGCCAGCGAUGAAAGCCGUACAUCGUGCAAAGCAUUUGUGAAAAAUGUUAAUAAUAGAUUAAUUUUAUUGAAACACAUUAUUUUUGGACAUCUUGGUAAACGUUUUGUUGCGCUGAAUUCCGUCAAAGAUAUGUUGAAUAUUGAGAAAAGUAUAGAAAAAUAUUGUGGGAAGUUCAAUAGCCAAUUGAAUUUAUUUGUAUUGAGUAAACAAUUGCAACGACAAGGUUAUGGGCGGCAAUUAAUGGAUCGUUAUAUUCAGUUUUGUAAAAAUGAAGGACAAAUCGAAAAUAUCUUUCUGUGGACAGAUAUUAAUUGUAACUAUCGAUUUUAUGAAUAUUGUGGCUUUCGAACAUAUAAGCAAUUCUAUGACGAUCGACUUUCGGAACGUUCUGACAAACGAACUGAUAAACCAAAUGGUUUUAUAUAUUAUAAGAAUUUAAUUUGA